GUCGCCAAAGAUCGGCUUCCCGUGGAGCGAGAUCCGCAACAUCUCCUUCAACGACAAGAAGUUUGUCAUCAAGCCCAUCGACAAGAAGUCUCCCGACUUUGUGUUCUACGCACCGCGCCUGCGCAUCAACAAGCGCAUCCUGGCGCUGUGCAUGGGCAACCACGAGCUGUACAUGAGGAGGAGGAAGCCCGACACCAUCGAGGUGCAGCAGAUGAAAGCUCAGGCCAGAGAAGAGAAACAUCACAAGCAGAUGGAGAGAGCUCAGCUGGAGAAGGAGAAGAAGAAGCGCGAGCAGGCGGAGAAGGAGAAGCAGCGGAUGGAGCGCGAGAAGGACGAGCUGCUGGAGCGACUGCGACGCAUCGAGGAGCAGACGCGGCGGGCGCAGACAGAACUGGAGGAGCAGACCCGCAAGGCCCUGGAACUGGACCUGGAGAGGCAGCGGGCCAAGGAGGAGGCCCAGCGUCUGGAGAAGGAGAGGCAGGAGGCGGAGGAGGCCAAGGCGGCGCUCGCCAGGCAGGCUGCGGACCAGAUGAAGACCCAGGAACAGCUGGCUGCUGAGUUGGCAGAAUUCAGCGCCAGGAUCUCCCUGUUGGAGGACGCCAAGAGGAAGAAGGAGGAGGACGCCACCCAGUGGCAGCACAAGGCCAUGGCGGCGCAGGACGACCUGGAGAGGACGCGCGAGGAGCUGAGGGCGGCCAUGGCGUCCCCCGAGCAGGACCAGAGCGACGGCGAGGAGAGCGCCGAGCUGCUGAGCGAGGAGGGCGUGAGCGGCCAUCGCGGCGAGGAGGAGCGCGUGACGGAGGCGCAGAAGAACGAGCGCGUCAGGAAGCAGCUGCAGGCGCUGAGCUCUGAGCUGGCGGAGGCGCGUGACGACAGCAAGAAGACGGCAAACGACGUCCUGCACGCGGAGAACGUGCGGGCGGGCCGAGACAAGUACAAGACGCUGCGGCAGAUCCGCCAAGGCAACACCAAGCAACGCGUCGACGAGUUCGAGUCCAUGUGAGGCUCCGCCCACAGGAAGGGGAAACUCUCAGGCUUCCUUCGCUUCGCCAAAAGACUUGCCAAGCUCCGCCCCCUUUACUAAAGCCCAGGAGAGGACUGACAGCGACGCAAUAUAAUGUUGACUUCCUGAUCAUGUGACCAGUAAACACCCGCUAAACCACCGCC